GCGGAGCGGGGCACGGCGGGGGAGCGCUGCCGGUGCCGCCGCCGCCGCCACCAUGUCCGGGCGCGGCCACAACAAGCUGCCGACCACCGAGCGCAUCGUCAAGGCUGUCCCAUUCCCUCCCACGCAGCGGCUCACUCUGAAGGAGGUGUUUGAGGAUGGGAAGCCGAGGCUCGAUGUCCUCAAGAGCCACUUGGUGAAGGAAGGGCGGCUGGAGGAGGACGCGGCGCUGAAAAUCAUCAACGACGGCGCCGCCAUCCUGAGGCACGAGAAGACCAUGAUCGAGGUGGAGGCUCCAAUCACAGUGUGUGGUGACAUCCACGGGCAGUUCUUCGACCUGAUGAAGCUGUUUGAGGUGGGAGGAUCACCCAAUAACACCCGCUACCUCUUCCUGGGGGACUACGUGGACAGAGGCUACUUCAGUAUAGAGUGCGUGCUGUAUUUAUGGAGUUUAAAGAUAAAUCAUCCCAAAACGUUGUUCCUCCUUCGAGGGAACCACGAGUGCAGGCACCUCACAGAGUACUUCACCUUCAAGCAGGAAUGUCGAAUCAAGUACUCGGAGCGAGUGUACGACGCGUGCAUGGACACCUUCGACUGUCUUCCUCUCGCUGCCCUCCUCAACCAGCAAUUCCUGUGCGUCCACGGGGGCCUGUCGCCAGAAAUCACGUGUCUAGACGACAUUAGGAAAUUAGACAGGUUUAAGGAGCCUCCAGCCUUUGGUCCGAUGUGUGACCUGCUGUGGUCGGAUCCCUCGGAGGAUUACGGCAACGAGAAAACCCUGGAGCAUUUUGCCCACAACACCGUCCGAGGCUGCUCCUAUUUCUACAGUUAUCCUGCAGUGUGUGAAUUUUUGCAGAACAAUAGUUUGUUAUCCGUAAUCCGAGCUCACGAAGCCCAGGAUGCUGGGUACCGAAUGUACAGGAAGAGCCAGACCACGGGCUUUCCCUCGUUAAUCACAAUCUUCUCUGCACCAAAUUACUUAGAUGUCUAUAACAACAAGGCUGCUGUACUGAAAUACGAAAACAACGUCAUGAACAUCAGGCAGUUCAACUGUUCCCCUCACCCCUACUGGCUUCCAAACUUCAUGGAUGUCUUCACAUGGUCUUUGCCUUUCGUAGGGGAAAAGGUCACCGAGAUGCUCGUGAACAUCCUCAACAUCUGCUCCGACGACGAGCUGAUUUCGGAUGGCGACGAGACGUUGGAAGAUCACUACAUUUCAAGCUAUCCGAAAGGUGGGACAACGGUGCGUAAGGAGAUCAUCAGGAAUAAGAUCAGAGCCAUUGGGAAGAUGGCACGGGUCUUCUCAGUCCUUCGGGAGGAGAGCGAGAGCGUGCUGACCCUCAAAGGCCUGACCCCCACAGGUACCCUGCCCCUGGGAGUGCUCUCGGGGGGGAGGCAGACCCUGCAGACCGCCACAGUAGAAGCGGUAGAGGCACGGGAAGGUAUGGCUAGAACCCGGCGAGAGACUCAAAUCAUCUCCGUGUCCAUCCGAGGCUUCUCCCCGCAGCACAAGAUCCGCAGCUUCGAGGAGGCGCGGGGGCUGGACCGCAUCAACGAGCGCAUGCCCCCGCGCAAGGAUUCGCUGCACGCGGACGGCCCCGUCAACCUGGUGACCUCCAACUCCGCGGACAAGAACGGCACGGGGAAGAAAUGAACGCCAGGGGAAGGGAAGGGCCCGACGGGAUCCGAGACUUCAUGGAUUUUAUUUAUUUAUUAUC